CUCAUUCCUGUAGAGGGUGGCGAAGAUCACAAGUUGUCUUUAAGUAUUGCAGAUCAUAUUCUUUUGUCCUGCCAAUUGCUUAAAGCUUUGUAACUGUAAAAGGGUGAACAUGCAGAAAAAAGUAAGAUGAGUGUGAUAAAGUGGUUGCAAAAUGUGUGAAAAGUAAAGAGGCAACUUCAUGUCACAUGUUUCUGAAGGAAAUUUUAAAAAACAUGUGACAUCCUUGUCACCGUAUUUGUUGGCGUGACAGUGAGAAGAAAAGAUGGUCUUACAAUGGUCUUUGUUCUUCAUGUACAUUUGCAUUAAAGUUACUCCAACAGAAGCUUCAUCUUGGACCGCUGCUGUGCCAUCCUCAGUGAAAGGUCUCCUUGGCUCAUGUGUGGUGAUCCCCUGCUCUUAUAACUACCCAGAACCACAAAAAAGCCCCCAGACCUUCACGGGGAUUUGGUAUAAUAAUGAUAAUCAAGUCAUCUGUCAUUCUGAUGCAUCUCAAACUCCAGCUCAGUUUUGGAGUCGGACAAAGCUGCUGGGAGACCUCAGCAAGAAGAAUUGUUCUCUGAUGAUUGAUAAACUUACAAGAAGAGAUGAAGGGACCUUUCAUUUCAGGAUUAUAAUGGAAGCUUAUACCGUAUUUUCCUACUCAAAGAACAAAAUCUCUGUUUCAGUGAUCGAUGAACCAAAUCCCACUGAUUUCUCUGUGCAAGAGGAGGUAAAGGAGGGUCAAACUGUGUCUGCAUCCUGCUCUGUGUUUCACUCCUGCCCCACAUAUCCACCUUCUUUCCACUGGAGUCACUCUGGAGAGCAGCAUGAUCAAACACAGAAGCUUCAAAAUGGCCAGUGGAAUGCAACAUCUACUUUGACCUUUCGCUCAAACCGCUCUGAUCACAACAAACCUUUACAAUGCAGUGUUACAUACCACGGUGGAAAGCAGCGGGUAACAUCCAAGACCCUUAAAGUAAAAUAUGCUCCAGUGAAUGUGAAGGUUGAGUACCAGUCAGUGAAUGAGGGAGAGACUGCACACCUGAAGUGCUCCAGUGAUGCUAACCCUGUCAGCAGCUAUGAGUGGCACAAUGAAUCUGGUACUCUGCUGAAUAAGGGACAAACCUACACAAUGUCAAAUGUCUCCAGACAUUCAAUAGAGUCCGUGUACUGCACUGCUGUCAAUGAGGAAGGACAAGACAGAUCAAGCACCAUGAAGCUCAAUGUGUUAUAUCCCCCUGAUAUUAGGACUUCCUCUAAAUGUUUCUCAGAGGAUGAUGUGGUAAAGUGUGAGUGCAUCGUGGAGUCCAGGCCUCCCAGCAUGGUCCAUUUUGUUCUUGGUGACAGAGUCCUGCAAAGCACCAGCAUAGAGAAAGUUGGCUCUGUUACUACUGGAACUCUGCAGACAUACUUUGGGUCCUUUAAGUUUGUUCACUGCCUGGCAAACAACACACUGGGAAAUGCUAACCUCACACUCUUGUUACCUGCUAAUGCAGGGGGCGCUCAGGGGAGACGCCAACAUCAGACUUGGGCACCAUGAAAGCAGAGAGACCUGUGGAGCUCCCUCGUUAUGCCCCAACA